GCGUCGUGUGCGUGUGCCUGUGUCCACGACUGCUGCCUGGCUGCUACCGUUUUGCCUUGUGUGCGUGUGCGUGUAACGUUUGUCAGUGUGUGUGCGCGAUCGAGUGUGUUCCUCGCUCCUGCCUAACCUACUUCGCCGAAUCACACAUUUUAAUUGAUCAAAUUCCAGAAUAAUAAUAUUUGACACGACGGUGUUUAAUAUAUUUUAUUGUAUACCAUUGUCCACCAGUCGUCACUGCUCUGGUCGCGGGCGGCGGUAGAAACCUGCAGAAAAUUGUCGACACAGUCGCACGCUAGUCUGCCGUGUGUGCGCUUUUUCAGUUUCUCGUAUCGUUCUCUCUUUUUUGUCCACAUAUUCGCUCGAAAUGACCACCAACGGCGAAGAGACCACUUCGGAUCGCAACGUAGAGAUAUGGAAGAUCAAGAAGCUCAUCAAGAGUCUGGAAAUGGCCAGAGGUAAUGGAACAAGUAUGAUAUCAUUAAUCAUACCUCCCAAGGAUCAGAUUUCUAGAGUGAGUAAAAUGUUGGCUGAUGAAUAUGGUACUGCUUCAAACAUCAAGUCACGUGUAAACAGAUUAUCAGUAUUGGGUGCUAUUACAUCGGUACAGCAAAGAUUAAAACUUUACACUAAAGUUCCACCUAAUGGAUUAGUAGUGUAUUGUGGAACCAUUGUGACUGAAGAAGGUAAAGAAAAGAAAGUCAAUAUUGAUUUUGAGCCAUUCAAACCCAUUAAUACUUCUUUGUACCUUUGUGAUAAUAAGUUUCAUACAGAAGCACUAACAGCACUAUUAGCAGAUGACAAUAAAUUUGGUUUCAUUGUGAUGGAUGGUAAUGGUGCAUUGUUUGGUACAUUGCAAGGAAACACCAGAGAGGUUCUUCAUAAAUUUACAGUUGACUUACCGAAAAAGCACGGUAGAGGAGGUCAAUCUGCCUUACGUUUUGCUCGUUUACGUAUGGAAAAACGACACAAUUAUGUACGCAAAGUAGCAGAAGUAGCUACUCAGCUAUUUAUUACAAAUGACAAACCUAAUAUAGCUGGAUUAAUAUUGGCUGGUAGUGCAGACUUUAAAACAGAACUUAGUCAAUCUGAUAUGUUUGAUCCUCGGUUACAAGCUAAAAUUAUUAAAUUAGUUGAUGUAUCUUAUGGCGGUGAAAACGGUUUUAAUCAGGCAAUUGAAUUAGCUGCCGAAUCAUUACAAAAUGUUAAAUUUAUUCAAGAAAAAAAAUUAAUAGGACGAUAUUUUGAUGAGAUCAGUCAAGAUACAGGAAAAUAUUGUUUUGGUGUUGAGGAUACUUUAAAAGCUCUAGAACUUGGAUCUGUAGAAACAUUAAUAUGUUGGGAGAACCUAGACAUUCAAAGAUAUGUCCUAAAAAACCACACAACAGCUGAAGAAAAAAUAUUACAUUUGACUCCAGAACAAGAAAAAGAUAAAACACAUUUUACAGAAAGAGAUACUGGAGUAGAAUUGGAAUUAGUCGAGUGUCAGCCACUUUUGGAAUGGUUGGCAAAUAAUUAUAAAAUGUUUGGAGCUACCUUAGAAAUAAUCACAGAUAAAUCACAAGAAGGAUCACAAUUUGUUAGAGGAUUUGGUGGCAUAGGAGGAUUAUUACGUUAUAAAGUUGAUUUCCAAAGUAUGCAGUGUGACGAUUUGGAUCCAAAUGAACUUUAUGAUAUUGACGAUUAUUAGGAUGUUAAAUAUUUAAAAGGAUACCCAUUGAAUACUUAGGGCAACUUAAAAUAAGUACAGUUCAUUAUAGCUUAAGCAUGUUGAAAAAAAGAAGAAUUCUAUUAUUAUUUUUAACAUAAUUAUUUCCUUUACUUGAUGUUAUCUUUUUAUUCAAAAGUAAAAAAAAAAUAAUCAUAAUUCCAUUAAAUUUAAAAAUAUAUAUUUAUAUUUUUUAACAUUUCAAUAUUGUGUUUCCCUUUAUUAUUAUUUAAGUGCUCCAAUAAUAAAAUUAAAAAAGUAGAUUACAGUGAGUAAUACAGGGUGAUGCAUGAGUAUUAACACAGAUUAUUGGAAUACAAUUUUGUUUUGGAUUGCUUGGAAUAUGAAAUUAAUUAUAAUUUUUUUUGUUAGAUUUAAUUUAGGCUCAAUGGACUUCUAGAAUCCCUAUUUUAAAUUAAUUUAUAUUACUAUAUAAAUUAAAUUCUCAAUAUUCUAUUCAAUACUUUUAUUUACUUUUUUGUACUACUUUUCAGAAAUGGAUAUGUCUGAUUAUUUAACAAAAACCCUUGUUACAUCCUUUUAGUCCUUCUAUAAUAUGUAAAAUAAUUAUUAUACACAUAGUUUUAAUAUUAUAUAAUUUUAAUAUUUUAUGUAGAUAGUUAUUUUUUUGACUUAUUGAUUUUAUGGUAUUAUUGUACAACUCAAAUCAACUAUUUUUUCUUCAAGCUUUACAUAAUCUUGGUAGGGAGUACUUUUAUCUGAGGAUAGUACAUAUUUGAUUCAACACUUCAAAGGCACAAUUGCAUAUUUAUUUUUAUUUAUUCAAUUUGCUCAACUGCUAUAAAAUAUAAAUAUAAUUAGAUUAAAAAAUUAUUUUUAGUGUACAUUUUUCUAUGUUCACAAAUAUGUAUUUUUAAUGCUUCCUUUUCAUGAACGAGAAAAAAUUCUAAACUCUAAAGCUUUAAUCAACAUUUAUUGAUUGAGUUCAAUUUCUGGAUCUUUGAAAACCACUGACAUUACAAAUUAUUCUUAAUGUCCAUACAUGUUCUUUGGGUGGAGUACAAAUAUUUAAGCGACCAUGUGAUAGUAUACAAUUUGUAAUUUGUACUACGUCUUGUAUUAAAGUAUAAUUUAUCUACAGGAGUGGCCUUAGGAUUUUGUGACUUAUUGAAAUGCUUUUGUGUGGAACAUCUUAGGUAGGUAGUUUUUUUUGUUUUAACUUUUAGUCUAAUUUAUAUUUGUAUUUUAUAUAUAUAUUUUUUUUAACUGUAAAAAAAUAUAAAUAGAAGCUUUAAUAUCUAAUA